AUGCAAACAUCCAGCUACCUCGACUUUCUGUUGAAUAUCAAAUCGCAACCGUCAAACGUUCCAACGACAACCAGCUCGCUCUACGAUAUAUCAAAUGCCUCGAUUAUACGGCAUAUCUCCCAUCCCAUGAGUUCCCAGAUUACUCCCGUCGCGGCCGCAGGGCCAGCUUCGCAGACCGAAGCCAAAGCCCAUGUCCAAUCCUACCCCCCUAUCCGCAUACUCUCCAACCCAACUGCGCAGGCAUACUCGCAUCUUCACCCGACUCUCAUAGGAUCCAUAUUUGCUCUCCGAUUCAAGGCUCUGGUUUCCGAUCCAGUGACUACACUGUCUACCCUCCUGCCAGUUUUUGCGGUGCUGCAGAUAAUAUACGUGAUUAUAUGUUUACCUGCUGCGGGCACGGCUCUUGGGAGCUCAAAUAAAGCACGUUCCAGUGGGAAGAUAGGAACAGGGACCAAGCGGAAGGACGCAGAGUCUUCAAUUGGUGCUAAAGUAGUUCCCGCGAUUCUUUCCCUGAGCCUUCCGUUGGUCCUGGGAACCCCGGCCCUAGCUAUUCUUCUUGUCUUGUUCGGCGCUCCCUUUACAACCCAUUUACCACAUACUGCUCUAUGUGCUGCUCACAUGUCAAUUCUUGCCGGAACUGGGCUAGUGUACGUCCACGGAACAGACGUGUCUGUUUGGCGAGAGAUAUGGAGUAUAUCUAAGGCAGUUGAUACCGUAUGGGGAGGGACUGUCGGUAUGGCAUUGGGUGCAUGGCUAGGUGCCGUACCUAUCCCCUUAGACUGGGAUCGACCAUGGCAAGUCUACCCAAUUACAAUAAUCACUGGAGCUUGUGUCGGAUACGUGCUCGGCUGCUGGGCUGGAAGGCUUCCCUUUCUCUAUGGGAAGAGGAUACAAUUUAGCGAAGAGGAAUCAGAAGAACCAACGCCAGAAAAGAAAGAUAUAUAA